AUGAAGACAGUAACGCUCAGUGCCCUAUGGCUCGCCCUUGCCGAGUUGACCAGGCCGGCGCCCGUCACGACACUCUCUCUGUGGCCCACUGAGGCUGCCUCAGCGCUGUUAGCCAUGAUAGCUGCGAAUGCGAACAAGGGCAACUAUGCGUGUUUCGACAUGGACAACACUUCCUACCGAUACGAUCUCGAAGAGUCUCUCCUACCAUAUAUGGAGAACAAGGGCAUCCUCACUCGUGAUAACCUGGACCCAGCGUUGAAGCUCAUAGACUUUAAGGACACUGAAGACUUUACAGAAUCCCUUUACAGUUACUAUAACCGCCUCUGCGAGAUCGAUGACCUGGUCUGUUAUCCGUGGGUCGCACAGGUCUGGUCCGGAUUCGCCCUGAGCGAGUUGAAGACCUACGUUGACGAAGUCAUGGCGCUCAACGGAACCAUCCAAACGAAGUAUUGGGACGGCGACGAGAUCGUCGAAGAUGAAGUCUCAACGCCUAAGAUCUUCGCCGGCCAGGUUCAGCUCUACAACGCCCUCAUGGCCAAUGGCAUCGAUGUUUACGUCAUAACAGCAGCAAGUGAGGAACUCGUGCGGAUGGUCGCUGCAGACCCCAAGUACGGCUAUAAUGUCAAGCCAGAGAAUGUCAUCGGCGUAACGACGCUGCUCAAGAACGCCACGAGCGGAGAGCUGACGACUUCUCGGCUGCAGAUUGAGGACGGCGACUACGAUGAGCAGGCAAAUCUUGAUCUUAUCUUUGGUAGCUAUCUCUGGACGCCUGCGACGUGGUUCUCUGGCAAAUGGGCCGCGAUAUUGACAUACAUCGACCAGUGGAAGAAGCCCAUACUGGUUGGAGGUGAUACACCCGGAAGUGACGGGUACAUGCAAUUCCACGGCGUCGACGUCUCUAAAGGAGGAAUUCAUCUGUGGAUCAACCGGUCGGCCUCUGCGUUCGAGCAGCUGACAGAAAUGAUCAGCGAGAACUCUGCCGGCCAGGCCGCGGCGAAUUUGGAGGUCACAGCGGACAAGAAUUGGGUCGUGGUAUGUCUUCCCUGCACGUAUCUCCACUAG